CGUGCUGUAACGCACGGGGCCCAGCUGUUGGGGGUGGCUUACGUCCUACUAAAACCUAUGACAGAUAUUCUAUCACAGGCAGAAAGACGGGACUUAAUCAUAGGACAGAUACUUGAUCACAAGAAACAAGCAUGUUUUGCUUCAUUAUCGAGCUAAACGCUACAAUUUUACAUUCUAAAUGUUUCAAGUAGGCCUAAUCUAUUUUUGUUAUAAUUUUAACUAAAUUUCAUUCAAGGAUUUGUUUCAUUUAUUCAUCUAUUUAAAAAAAUAAUACUAACCGAGCGAUUCAGAAAUUAUCAAAUUACCAAGCAAAUUACACCUUUGGAUCCAUAAAUUAGGUAAUUUUAUUUUCGUCAAUUUGUAUUUAUUAACAAAUGAAGGAAGUUUUUAAAAUUAUAAUAUUUCCUUAGCUUUGUUUAGAAAAAAAAAAAAACAAGUGCGAAAAUUGAUAAAAAUAAUUGUUUACUGGUCCAUAUCGAGUUUGUUAUUUCCGGUUAAAUCACUGCACUGACCUACAUUCUGUUGGAUAUAAAGAAGACGUCACGUGGUGUGUGUGUGUGUUUGUGUCUGUGAAAUUCGGAGAUGCCUCGCGAGACGCGAUUCAAAGCUUGAAGAGAUAAGUGAAGCCAAAUUUUUAAAGUCCGUCCAUCUGGAAAUACUUGGUCUCAUUGCAGCGAAAUACCAACCAGGCAUGUUGGUCGGGUUUAAUGUCAAGGUCGUGUUAAGGUCACCCAAAGGUCAUGUUGAGGUCAUGCCGAGAUGCUGCUGAUGUGGAUGCCCCCGUUAAAUAAUUUACAAGAGAAAAAAACCAAUCAGCUCGAAGUGAAUAACAGAUCUGAUAUGACGUUACAAUGAUUGCGUCAUCUUAGCGAGAGACGGUAACUCCGGCUGCUUUUCCGACCAAAAGUCACCAAUAUGAGGUCAUCACAUCUACAUCCGUCAAAGUGAGAUGCUUCCGAGACUAGAAGAACAACCCCGGCAGGUGGCGCUUUAAGAUAUACACACUGAAAAAGAACAUUGCUUGAAUGUCUGCCAUGAAUUGGACAAGCGAGACAUCACCCGUGAAUGACGUCCUGGAGUUCAAGGGCAACUACUGCAACUUUGUAGGGGACAGAACUCUUCAGCUUGACAACAUGAGAUAUGACCUCUCAGUCGUGUUCUUCAACAACUUCCAGAACUACAGCUUCAAUAACUCCAGCUACUGGCUCAGGGUUUUGAACAAAUUCCCCUCAGAUGACGUCUUUCGAUUCUACCACAUGACCUGUGUGGGCGACACGGCCGACAUGAUGAGAGAAGUGAUCAACAUGUUCACCACCAAGCCCAAUACGACAGAGCCGGGUAACCCAAUCUUUGGGGCUCUGCUUUACCUUUACGUAUCGCCAGUUCUGCUCAUUCUAGGAACUCUGGGAAAUCUGUUCUCUUUUAUUAUAUUGAGACGGAAGCAGAUGCUGAAAGUGUCUUCCUAUUUAUACCUAGCGACCCUGGCUAUUGUGGACACAGUGGUCCUCUACUGUGGACUCUUGAGACACUGGAUACGUGAACUGGCCCAAGUGGACAUACAGGACACCAGCGACGGGGCCUGUAAGUUCAUUGUCACCAUCUCGUAUGUGUCCUCUGACCUCUCGGCUUGGCUCAUCACAGCGGUCACUGUUGAGAGGUAUAUUGUAGUGUGUUUCCCGUUUCGAGCAAGCUCCAUGUGCAAUGUGUCCCGAGCCAAGAAGGUCAUCGCUCUUCUUAUCUUCAUCAUCCUGUCCAUCAAUGUCCACUUCCUUUGGACUGUGGAAAUAGACAACAAAGGCCGAUGUGAGACAGGUAUCCAGCAUCGGGCAGUCAUUGACCCGGUGUGGCCCUGGGUGGACAUCUUCAUCUACAGCACCUUGCCUUUCCUCAUAAUCACAGUACUCAACAUUCUCAUAAUAAAAGAGGUGGCCGGUGCCCGGUCGAAUCGAGUUCUCUUGUCUGGCGCCGAGGCGGACAGCUCAACACUGACCAGUGGUCACACGUCUAGAGUCAGGCGCAGCAAGAUGUCCGAGAGUCAAAGACUGACCGUCCUGCUGCUGACCGUGUCCUUCAUGUUUAUACUCCUGACCCUCCCAAACAACAUUCUACUCAUCUGCACCAGGGUCUGGAACCAAUACCAGAAGGACAUUGAGUCUUCGAAAUACCUGGCCAGAACGUUCACGGAGCUCCUCAUGUACAUCAACCAUUCCAUCAACUUCUUCCUCUACUGCGCCACUGGCAACAAAUUCAGGCAGCAGAUCCUCGACCUCUUCCGGUGCCAGCACCGUCGUCAGAGGCGCGGAGUCCACACGAUGGUCAGCAACACCCACUCCAUCCGGCGCACGUCACAGUCCUACGUGGCCAACGGGGGUGGACACGACGCAGUGGGCGCCCUGAGACGACGAAGCAGCUGCCUGAGCAGCGACGCCAACGGAGACAGCACACAGGAGGGCGACAGCGGGGGGAGCUGCAGCAGGGCCGUCACGGUGAAGGCCUGUGUAACGAAAGGCACCGUCAAGUGCAGCAUCGCCAACGGAGACAAAAAUGGGAACGACCACAGCAAGUCCCGGCCCACCAACGGGAUUCUCCGAAGCCGCCCAACGAAAGACACUCACAAAAGAGAGAAAAGCAACAAAGGCUCGCUACGCCGGUGCUACAGACUAAACCGACACAGCGGCGCAGAUUACGAUGAACACAUUCAUGACGAUGAAUUUAUAGAGGCCGGCACCAAAAAGCCUGGAUCUCUCAGGAACAAAUCUCCGCAGGGAGAUUCUUGUAAAAUGCUAUUCAGUAGCAAGAAACUAAAAACUUCGGCCGCUUCCAAGCUGAAUUCUUCCAUGUCAGGCAAUUCCAGCCCCAAGGAUAAAGAAUAUAUCGUGCUGCACCCAACUAUCAGAUGGUGUGAAGCCUCUGUUCAGUCAUAGAGCAAUGCUAUCCAGAUAUCAGAUAGUGUAAAGCCUCUGUCCAGUCAUAGAGCUAGACUAUCUAGCUAUCAGAUAGUGUAAAGCCUCUGUCCAGUCAUAGACCUAAGUUACCUUGCUAUCAGGUCAUAGCCCUAGGCUAUUCAACUAUCUGAUUGUGUGAAGCAUCUGUUCAGCCAUAGACCUAGGCUAUUCAACUAUCAGAUUGUGUGAAGCAUCUGUUCAGCCAUAGACCUAGGCUAUUCAACUAUCAGAUUGUGUGAAGCAUCUGUCCAGCCAUAGACCUAGGCAAUCCAGCUUUCAGGUGGUGAGAAGCCUGUGUCCAAUCUUGGGAACACAUGCAUCAGGCUUCGGAACAUGUUGUCUCAUGUGAUGUCAUCUAAGAGGUGAUUCAUAAAACAUAUUAAAAUAAGAAUUUUUAAGGCAACCUCAACAGAACAACAUACAAAAUCGAUGGCUGCUGUGAUAUACAGCAGGCGGAACACUAAAAAUAACAAUGAAAAAAAAAAAAAAGCUCUUUUAUGUACUUUUCUACCCUUAUGGUGGAUCCCAGCACGACAAACUGCCCACUAAUUGCUCCAACAUUAACUUGUUUGGUGUUUUUGUAAUUAGUGUUUUUUUCUACAGUGUAGGGCAGCUAGCCCUACGCCCAACCCUCCUCCCUUUGUAGCCGGGCUUGGGACUGUCCUAUGGCUGGGUUAACAUUAACUUACUUUUGUUAAUGAAAUGGGUUAUACAUGUACAAGAUGUAACACAAUUUAGGACGCGAUAUACCUCUCUAUAGAUCGCCAUUGUUAUCGAUACGUAAUGUAUAUAAUAAUGUGAAUGGCCAUUAUUCUUGGCAUGUAUAUAAUUAAUAGUCCAUUAUUCUUGAUAUGUAUAUAAUUAAUAGUCCAUUAUUCUUGAUAUGUAUAUAAUUAAUAGUCCAUUAUUCUUGAUAUGUAUAUAAUUAAUAGUCCAUUAUUCUUGAUAUGUAUAGAAUGUAAAUGACCAAGUAGACGAAUAGCAGAUAUUAUUGGUCUUAUUAAAAAGUUGGCCCUCGUGUGAUCUUAAACAAACAAAUAAAGGGAUUAAACAUUAAUUAAAAAAUGAUGUAUACACUCAUUAUACAAGAUUAACUCAAGCUCAAGAAGAUUGAACGCAUGCAUGUUGAUAUUUAUUUAUAUUCUUUAGUGCGACAAUGUUGACAGGUAACUUUGUUACACUGAAUUUAUUUUCGGCUAACUGUUACAUUUAGAGCUACUACAUUCUGUGGCUCACCACGCACUCACACAAAUACAGCAUUCGGGCAGUUGUCGUCUAUAUUGUUUACGUGCGUGAUUAAUAAACAAUAAAAGACAACGGCUUUGUCUGCUUGAGAUGCAGGAAAAUAUGUAGGUCACAACUGGGUCUGCAUAGUCAUGUGAAACACUGCACGCAUCCUUAAUCCUGGGAAUCGAUGACAUUGCAUUUAUUAGUAUUCAUUGCCAUUACUAAACAAUAGUUUCAUGGAUUCUAUUUAUGGAUAAGGCAAUGGAUGAGUACAGCAUUUGACAGGAGGAUGCAAACUCAGUUUCGACCUACAUAUUUUGCCUCAUCCAAUGCAGACAAAGCCGUUUUCGCCGGGGGCCUAAUUAAGUUUUCAUUUAGUCGUUUCCGCCUGUCUUAAUAAUAAUAAUAAUAAUAAUUUUAUUUAUAAAGCGCUGUUAACAAACAAAAUGUAGGCUCAAGGCGCUGUAAUAACAUUACAAACACAAACACGACAAUAGGAAUAACAAACUAAUCUAAAAAAAGUUUUAAACAAGUAGGUCUUAAUGUUCUUCUUAAAAGUGGUAUAGCAUGUUGUCAGUCUGAGAUCAAUGGGGAGUGAGUUCCAAACCUUUGGUCCGUGCACUGAAAAAGCCCGCAGACCGUAGCUUUGAGGGAGAAACGUGGCACCACUAAAAGCAUUGAGUCUUCAGCAAGGGUCCUUCUUUGAGUCUAUGGAAACUAUUUAGUUACUAUUUACUUGAAAGUUCUCAGCUUUUUUCUCCAUUCAACAAACAGAGGUGAUAACAUAGCAAUCUCUCCGCAUUUCUAGCGCAACAUUUAGUUUACAAAAAAAAAAAAUGCUGUAUAGGCAUUAUGAGUAAAACAAAAUAAUUUCAAACCGAUAAUGAAAAUUUCUAAAUGUUUAUUUUUAUUCUUACAAAUCUUUCUGAAUUCGGUUUGUCAUUCUUUAAAAUAAAAAGACAAAAAUUAAACAUGAUUGAAACAAAUAAACAAAGAUGGCUAUUUGGUCGUGUGGUUUACGCUCUGCACUGACGUUCGGUGGUCCCGGGUUCAAACCCAGCGCGGUGCCAUCCCCUGUCGUGAUGCAGGAGGUUUGAACUAGGGUAAAGAUCAUCUUCAAUUGACCUCAUUCACCAAUCGUAAACAAACAACCUUUAGCCACGUGGUGCUCUAUCUCUUCUUUAUAAUUUACGAUCUCAUGGUUAAUUCAUGAUGGUUGUCACGUGACCGUUUUUUUCGUUGUUGUAUCAAUAAGAUCACGUGACUAAAUGUUGUUUGUAUAGGAUUGGUGAAUUAGGUCCAUUCAGAAGGAGCCUCCUUAAAACAUGUAUUUGAUGAAACAACAAAUACUAGUAUACCAAUACCAUGGCUUUAUUCGACACAAUUAGACUACAGUAAACAGUGAAUGAAACCAGCACGUCUGGCAUAACACUGAUGCAGUACUAUACACACACACACGCACUGGACAUGAAACACAAACACUGGUCAUGAAACACACACACACACUGGAUAUGAAACACACACACUGGACAUGAAACACACACACUGGACAUGAAACACACACACACUGGACAUGAAACACACACACACUGGACAUGAAACACACAAACUGGACAUGAAACACACACACUGGACAUGAAACACACACACUGGACAUGAAGCACACAAACAAUGGACAUGAAGCACACAAACUGGACACGAAACACACACACACUGGACAUGAAACACACAAACUGGACAUGAAACACACACACUGGACAUGAAACACACACACUGGACAUGAAGCACACAAACAAUGGACAUGAAGCACACAAACAAUGGGCAUGACCUUCUGACACGCUGGACGCACGCAGAAAAUCAACUCAGUUACACUACAAUGUCAAACGUUUUACAAACAUUUUACAAACAUUUAGAACUAUAUACAAACAUUUACGGCAGCAGCACUCGAAUGGUCAAGUCAGAAUUGUUAGCCUGGUGCCUGCGUAGCUCUAUAGCUGCUACAGAGGCGUAGUGAACAAAACGUCCGCCCCGGGGCAAGGUACUUUAUUGACAACCCCCACCCCCCAUUUUCCACGAACAUCACAUAGAAAUAUAGGCUUAUAAAUAAAAAAAAAGUAUUUACUAAUAAUAUAAUACAAAUUCCCUUAGAAUGUAUUACCUAACUAAAACAUCUACAAUAAUUUUAUAUUUAGGCGCUUCUCUCCGUAUGCCCCCCCCCCCACCAAGCAAGCUUGCGCCCUGGGCAUCGCGCCCCCCUUGCUCCCCCCCCCCCCCCCAAUUACACCUAUGGGCUGCUAAGCAAUUAGAGCUAAUCAGGUGUCUGUAGUUUGUGUCUUCUUCAGACUUUUUCUGUAUUUCGCCAUAUUGACUUCCCCUUCUUCUCUGAAAUAACCUUUGCACCUUAGUGCUGCUAUUACAUGUCACGUGAGGUCACCAUGUUGUUACAGAACUAAAAAGCCUCAAACCCAAAAUCCUUGUUUCGUUGAUUCCAUAAGGAAAAAAAAAACAACAACUAAUUUGAUCAUACGCGUGGGGCAAGUGUCAGAUCAAAACAAAUGACUGCUUAGCUUUUAUCAACCAUUUCUGUGCACACACGCGCGCGCUCGCACAAGCACACACGCGCGCGCGCACAAACACACAGGCGCGCAGUAUGUUCGUGACGUCGUUUACAAACAACAAACACCCCCCCCCCCCAAAAAAAAAAGGAUUACAUUAAAAGCGACAACUGGACGCUGGCAUGUGAUGUAGACUUCAGUCAGAUUGUAUCGUCUCACAUCGACUUGCACGUCUGUCGUCCAGGGGCGUAACUAGGGAUUUGGGGGCCCGGGGGGAUUGACCUCUUUGGGGGCCCCUUGCAUUUUGACAUUCGACAUAUGACAUGGACUAAUGUACGCAAAAAUAUAUAAGCCCCAAAUCAAAUUGGUUCAGUAUAUCAGUAAACUUAACAAAAAGUAAUCAAGACUCUUUUAAUGAAUAAAAGCUUUGUUUAUUAGUUAAAUAAUGCACAAGUGACAAAUCUCAAUUGAUAUCGCUUCACGUCGUGCAUUCUGUGCAGCAAAGACAUCUAUAACAUCAACUACAUCGAUACUUUCUAGUAUUUGUGACUUCACUGACAUUAAAGCCAUGAUAAGCCUUUCUUGUGUCAUUGUGCUCCUGAGAUAGCUUUUGAUGAACUUGAGCUUUGAGAAUGAUCUCUCACAUGAAUGAAUGGAAGUGGCCUGAGCUAGCAGUAUUCGGAGGAGGUUGCAAAGUUUGAGCACACGUAAUUACCAUAUGAAGCCUGUUUCCUCAAUAUGUCUAUUGGUGAUUGUAUUACUGGUUUGUUGAUGAAAAGUGCUCGUGCAUCAAUGACAUCAUUGAAAAAGCGAUUUUCCAUUUAUUUCAUCAUACAAACAGGAAAAGUAGCACAGUUUGUCAUAAGCGGGUCUUCAUCUAACAGGUGUCUUGGUUCAAGAAGAAACCCAAAGGUAUCCAUUUUCUUUCCAGCCUUUGAAAUCUGCCCUUCAUCUCCAUAUGAAAUCUGUCCAGCACUUCUGUCGCAACACGUUUGAAUUCCAGUUCUAUUGACAGUCCUACAUUAGAACUCAACUUCCCAUCAAGUCUUUUCUUUCUUCUGGUUGUUUUGAUUAUUAUUAUUAUAGCUUUUAUAUAGCGUUACUUUCAUGCUUAUAGCAUGCUCAGAGCGCUUUGGUCCAAUCUAGGAAUUUUCCGUUCUGCCUUUAGGCGCUCAGUAAACGCAACUCUGCCCGAGUCGGGUGUCGAACCUCGAGUCCCCUUCUAGGUAGCCAAGACAAGCCAAGUUCAAGCGCACUUAGCCUCUCAACCACGCUUCCCACAGGGAUUACACGGAAUCCAUAGUAUUCACUACCUUCUUUUGCUUUUUUGAUGGAUUGGGUUUUUGUCAGUUUCUCAUCAUUUUGCAGAAAGCAUGAAAGGGUUUUAAUUUCUUUAGCAGCUUUCCGUAUAUGCAGUCCAGACUUUUGUAGUUUCUUCCGAACUAUAUUAAUUGGGAGCAAGAGCUUUGACCAGAAUUUCAGAUAGGCAAAAAAUUCUUAAUUUUCCACUGCAUGAAGAAGAUUCUGUCCUAAUAUUAUAUGGUACUACGUUUAUGUUUUGUGCGCAAGCAAAAGGAUUCAGAGCAUACAAAAGUGGGAAAGAUCCAUAUCUCGUUAUGCUCGAGUAUAGAAAUACUCCGAUAAGUGGACUGCCGUAUUCACCAUCACAACUGGUGACGAGUAGAAGACUCAGGGAAUCAUUCGAACUGAUCCCAAACUAUUGAAACCAUCGGUAGCUGAAAAUGCAGAGACAUUACUCAACGAACGACAGAUGAAAAGCAAAGUGAAAUACAAUGCAAAAGCAAGACUACCUAAAGAUAAUUCUGUCGGAGAGUUCGUCUAGGUCAAACAUGGCAGAAAGCAGUUAUAAAAAACAUUCAGCACCCAGAUUUUACAUCAUAAAGACAAACGGAAAAACAUACAGAAGAAAUCAACGCUUUUUGAAUAAGAGUUUCGAUGAAGGCAUCUCUGGGUACUAUGAUACCGAUGGAGACAAUGAACUGCAAACUGUUGGAACAAACGAAACAGACAGUUAUAGACCAACGUCUAGAGAACUUGUUGUGCCAGUCAAGACAACCAGAAGUGGACGAAUUGUUAAAGUUCCUAGUAGACAGGGCCGGCCUUAGGCCACUGCAGCCUAUGCGGUCGCAGUGGGCCCCGCGCUUUCAUAGGACACGCGCUAAUUCUAAGUGUACAUUAUUAAAUUAAACCAUUAUAACGUAUAUAAAAUAACAGGGUUUUCGUGACCUCCUGAUUUUCCAGGGCCUCCAGGAAAUCUCAUAAAAAGGCAAAAUAUACGAUAAAGUCCUGAACUUUUUUUGAAUUUAUUCAAAUCUCCUGAAGAAUAGACGAAAUUUACAUUUUGGGGUGCCAAUAAAUAAAAAGUGGCAUUGCGAGCUUUCAUUUGAUAAAAAUAUAUUGCAAAGACGAAAGUAGGCCUAUUUUCUAAUUAAAAAAAAAUAAUAUUGACAUUAUGCUCAUCCCUACCCAGACUAGGCCCCGCGCGCUCCGCUUUGCAUAGGGCCCCGCAAAUGGUAGAUAUCACUCUUAAGAACUUUAAAAGGAAGGGCGUGAUAAUAACUUCAAAAGGAAGGAUGUGCUAAUAUUAUAUGAUAUUACGUUAUUGUUUGUUGUUUAUGUUUUGUGCGAAAGCAAAAGGAUUAGAUGGAAAUAAAAAUAGAGUUUCCAUUGGAUUGAGGAAAGAUGAAUAGAGGGGUAAUAACUCGAGUGUGAAGUUUAAUUCUGAAAUUAUAGACACCAAACCCGAAUAAUGGACUAUUCUAGCAUUAUUAAGAAUAACUUUUGGAUCUGUUAUAGGCUACUCGAUUCUGUAAAUUUUGCUUCAAGGUUAAUUAGUAUAGCCAUAAAAUACUCGCCAUUUAGAUCUAUUAUUAGUAAAGGUAACAAGAUACCUGGAAUUCGCUGUAUAUCAUGCAGUUUUAUUCGUGGCAACAAAGUUAAAAAUGUAAAACUAACUUUAAAAAAAAACUUUGAUCUCUGUGGGAAAAAAUAUUUUUAAAAUGUCAACAAAGUCAACGUACUGAUAGACCUAGAUCUAGAUUUAGUCUUUGUGAUAAAUUUUAAAUCCAUAAAUGUUGAAAAAAAAGACACCCGUUGACACUAUUUGUCAAUCAAAUAUAUUAAUUUAUGUAUUUACAAAUAAAUUUCGGACACCCAUUUGGGGGCCCCCCCUAGGUGGGGGCCCGGGGGGAUUUUAAAUUUCUCCCCCCCCCUCCCCCCCCCUUAGUUACGCCACUGCUGUCGUCAUAUCACGAUUUAUGCAUAAAGGUGGACACCUUUUUUAUAUAUAAUUGUCUUAAUGAACAAGGGCAGAAACCUCUAAUGUCAAUUGUCCGCGUAACGGUAGGAAGGCAUGCCCACCCCCUCAUUUUCCACUGUCAGCGCCUUGUCGAGGGUGUCCCAAAACCAAUUCCAGUUUUUUCUUGUUCUCAUUUGUUUUGAGUUCACUGGGGACUAGGGGAAGUAAUCUUAAAGGGAGGGAAACAUCCACUCUGUUUAGUUAACAUCUACUCAAGUAUUAGAUGACAAUCUAGGUUUAAUCCCAGAAAAUAAUGCUAACCAUUUUGAUUAGUUUUAUCAACAAGGCUUAUUUUGUAGAAUUCAUUUAUUUUCAAUGUUGAUAUAUUUGUCCAAAUUGAGGCGAUUCAAUUGUAACCGUGCAAAGGACAGAUAACCCUAGGAGCUUUUUUUAAUUUUGCGAAACUGCUAAAUAUGAAUUCACAAGACAUUUUUAUGUUAUUUAUUAUGCAACCUCUGUUUGGAAAUAUGGUAUAGGUUUAGCUGAAUAAAUUGAAUAGCAUUUAAUAAUGUGUAUUAAAUAAGAAACAUUUACUUUGUUUUAAAAACUCACAAAAUAUUGACCUUGACCCUUUAGCCAGGCCCAUUACGUAAAGGGAAGCGGUGGGAAGGGAGGGUGUCUUUGUUUAAAUGUGUGAUGGAGUGCCCUUUUCUGUGACAUACAGCGAUGGCCUCGUGACGCCCCUGAUCGAUGCAGCGUGCUUCCUUAACUCCCAGAGGAAGACUGUAAAAAAGUUGGCUCGCUUCAAGAUGGAUGCUCGAGCAAUAUUAAGUCAAUAUUACAGUGAGGCUUCCCAACGCUGAUAUACACGUUUCAAACUGUCGAUAACGCUGAGGCGAAGGCUCUUGAAACUCGAGGCUACCAAAUUAAGUAACAAGAGUUCACUUUCAACGGCCUGGCUGGACAGGUUGUUCUGUUGGGAAGAAAUCCAAGCUGGUGUUUAUAUAUCACACCACUAUUUCCAGUGAUUCGGAGCCUCAUGGCGUACGGACUAGAAACGUGGCUGAAUGCCGAGCACACCAGGGAGCCCCGCCAUUUUUCUUAUAUUCACCACACUAAACGUGCGGGACUUUAUCAAAAGGUUCCUUGAGGAAAGGCUUGUGGACAUGAUCACAGGAGUACUGUGCAAUGGGAAUUAUUAAGCACUCCUUAGUCCUUGAACAGUUGGGGCACCAUACAGGAUCCGUCGAACAUCUUUCUCCAUUCCUCUCUGCCUUUUGCCUUGGAUAGAAUUUCAUUCAAUGACAGGCCCAUUUAUUCUUUAAUGUUGUCUUCCCAUCGCUCUCUCUGUCUGCCUUUUUCCAGAUCCUGUUCCUGGUAAUGUUCCGUGAUAAGUUAACUCUUUCUCUCCCAACUGACGAUACCAACGUUGAAUCUAUCAGAACGCGUUAAAUAAUAACGGAGAGUAAGAGUUAAGACACACUGUCUCAAUACAUUUAAUAACAUACCGUAUUACGUAACGGACGUCUGUAAAAAAAAUUUACAAUAGUAUGUUGCACACACACAAUUUUUUUACAAUUUGUUGAAUUGUAUGAUUUUGCUCAACAGUGAUAAUAUUUUCAUUAGAACUUUUCAGACUGUGAUGAUAUUGUUUUGUUAUUGGUUUCUUGUAGUUGUUAUUUCUUUUAUUGGCGUUGUAAUUUAUUUGCAUUUGUUUUCUAUUUUCCUAUGCGAGUAGUUAGUUGGCCUUAGUCAAUUUUUGAAUCUUUUUGUGUGUGCCUGUUUGUUUGUUUGCUGUCUGUGUGUUCUACGUGUCUGUCACGAAUCGCUAUUGAAUUUUUCAGUUUUCAGAGGCUAUUUAAAACAACAAAAAUUUAAAAAUUACUUUUUUUAAAUAAGUUUAUAUUAGGGAAAGUACCUCGCUAUCACUGCCACAGGGGUCAAUACUGUAAGACUUAUCUUCCCUUUCUUUUAUAAAACACCUUUAAUUAAUUGCCAUUGAUUAAUGAAAUGGCUAAUGUUUUGAUUGAUUUAUGAAUUGUCAUCGACUUUGGAUAAUCGUACUAAAUUUCAACUAGAUCUGACAAGGGGAAAAGGGGGGAAAAACGUGUUAAAAAAUCCACCCAGACAGACAUACAGACAGAGUAAAUUUAUAUAAGCUUUGUAAAAAAAAACAACAUUAAGAAUUAUUUUAAAGACAACUUCAAAACCAAAGGUCAUUACGUCUGUCAGAAAUUUAUUCACUCUGUGUAGAAGUUAAAAAAAAACAAGAAAUAUUCUAUUAAGAAAGAUCUACGCAUCUAACUAUAUUUUGCACACCGACCAUAAAUAUACACCGAAACUCAAAUCACCAAACAGGAAGUUCAAGAUAUGACGUAAUGCUCUUCAUUUCCAAAAUGGCUGCCUGGUCGUGUGAUACCACGUGACGUCCGACCUGUGACGUGGCUUAGAUCUAUUAGUCCAAACCGCCCACAAGUAGAGACCUCGCUAGCCAGUGUUGCGGCCCUCUAUAACAAUUAGUUUCGGUAAAACCAACUAACAAAACCUCUCCAAAGCCUUUGAAACAAUUUAGUUUUUUUUUAAAUCCCAAAACUUAUUUUGCCAGAAGAUCAAUAAAAAUUGACUGAAAUAAAAACUAAAAUAUCUCAUAUCUAAAAUGCAUAAGCUAAAUGCGUUAUAUAACUAAUAUAUGUCUGAGCUUUUAAUAACUCCUGGCCCGGAUUGAGUGGCUGGUGUUUGUAAAAUUAAAACAUUUUUUUUUACUGACAUGAAUAGCAGUCAGCGUUUUACUUACUUUCAAAUCGACGAUCAUAUUUAUUGUUAAAGGUUAAAGUUCAUUAUACUCACCUAUGUUUGAUGAUGAUAUAUUUAAAAAAGCGUUUGAAUUGAUGUAACUGAUAUAUAACUAACUAUUAACACAUACAAUAAACAAGACUGUAA